AUGGGUAAACUGGUAGUAGUGUCCCACUCUGCUCCGGUCGCUGUAGAUUGCACUGUCUUCACUGUUGAAAUUGUGGAAGGUAAAGUUGUCGUAGCAUUCGUUUGCGCAGUAGUCUUGCCUUGGGAACUCGUCGCUUCUGUGGCGCUCACUGUACUAUCAUUGCUAUGUGAAUCGGUAAUCAUUGCAGGAGAAGCAGUGGGUGCUAGCGGGCUUUCACUAAUCAAAGGCUUCUGUGGAGAUAUGCGUAAGGUAGACAUAACACUAAGUGGUGCAUCUUUGAUAGAUGCUAUUUUUGUCGAGAAUGCUAAAGACACUCCAUCAACGCUUGUUGGAGAUAACGGUUCUGUAUGCUUGACUGUUCUUGCUGAUCUUGAGGAAAUGAAAUCGAAUAUUUCGUAUGUGGUUCUUUCUGAACUUUGCGAUGCCAGAGAUUCUGUAGAGGUUAUUGCUCUGCUUGUAGACAUUCUGUCACUCUUCCCAGUAGUUGCCAUUGUCUCCUUAGACAAUCUUUCAAAGCUGGAAUGGGAUGAUUCUGAUGGCGUGGUUGCCCCCAAUACGACUUCAGACGUUUCGGUUCUUCGUGUUGACGAUGAGCUACGACGCGUCGCGCUUGUGUCCGAUUCCUUCCCCAUUUUCGGUGUCUUCGAAGUUGGCAAUGGUGGCAUAGAAGUAUUUGUAGGAAGAAGAGAGUUUGUCGACUGCGAUGAACUUGUUCUUCUCAAGGACGAUCUGGUUUCUGAUGAAUCAGUGCUGCUAAUAACUGUUGUAUCCGAAGUUGACUGUAACAGUUUGUUUGUAGCGACUGAGUUGGUGCUUGCAGCAGUACUUCUCAUUUCGACAUACUCCGUCGUGCUAGAUACACCAUCAGUCGUGCUCAUAUUGUAUGAAUAG